AUGGAUACUUCCAAUUCUCAUGAAAUCAUGGAAAACGAGACAACGCCUCUGGUACCUACCAAGAGCUCGAAAAAACUUAAAACGCCCCUUCCAAAACUUCAGAUAGGCAUACUUAUAUCGCUGCACCUCGCAGAACCCAUCGCCUCGACAUCUAUAUUCCCGUACAUCAAUCAGCUGAUCAGUGAACUCGGAAUCACUGGGGGCGACGAUGCAGCUGUAGGAUAUUAUGCUGGAAUCAUUGGAUCUCUGUUUUUUGCUGCGCAAGCACUGACGGUACUGAGGUGGGGUAGGCUGUCUGACCGCAUUGGGCGCAAGCCGGUGUUGGUGAUUGGACUCUCAGGUGCUUGCAUUUCGAUACUGUGCUUCGGCCUUUCAACCACAUUCUGGAGUCUUGUCAUUAGCCGCUGCUUGUGUGGUCUUCUAAAUGGCAAUGUGGGGGUUAUGAAGACUAUGAUGGGGGAAUUGACGGACUCUACAAAUAUGGCUCAGGCAUUUGCCUUGUUUCCAAUUGUCUGGUCCAUUGGAGGUUUUAUCGGUCCUUUAAUAGGCGGAACUCUGGCGCGACCGCAAGAUCGUUGGCCUGCAUUAUUCGCCAAUGCCUUUUGGGAAAAGUUUCCAUACUUUCUGCCAUGCGCGGUGGCAGCCUGCUUGUUCGUCCUAGCCGUUUUGGUGAUGUCAAUCCUCUUAGAAGAAACAUUACCGGCAAGGCGUCGGCCAAAGUCGACAUUGGCCAUGCUCGGUAUUUCAAGUCAUGAAUCACUGCCUCAACAAUCCACGGCAUAUACGCCCUUGCGCACUCUGCUCACGCCUUCCGUUGUUAUUCCGAUUGCAAACUACGCCCUGCUUGCCUUGCUUGACAUUUCUUUCCGUGCUCUUUUGCCACUGUUGUUUUCGACGCCUACCCGUCUUGGCGGUCUUGGAUUUGAUCCUGCUACUAUUGGCUGGUGGAUGGCAUUGUUUGGGAUCACGAGUGGUAUCUUUCAAGCAUUAUUCUUCGCUAGGAUCAUCGAUUGGAUUGGUCCGAAGCGUGUAUUCCGUAUCUCAGUGUCGUGCUACGUACCACUCAUGGCUAUAUUUCCGAUAAUGUCGUGGAUUGUACGCGCAAGGGGAGAAGUCGAUCAUGCAAUCACGUUUGCCUUGCUUUGCCUUACAGGUAUGCAACUCGCAUGGAAUAUGGCAUUUGGGGCUAUUUUCAUGUUUAUCACAGCCUCUGCUCCCACAAACAAUGUCCUCGGGGCCAUCAAUGGCCUCGGCCAAACCUCUGCGUCGGUAGCUCGUAUCGCUGGUCCCACUUUGGCGACUUCGCUCUUUGCUUUAUCGAAGGAGCACAAUCUUCUAGGAGGAAAUGCAGUUUUUGUCGUCUUCAUUGUGUUGGCCGGUGGAUUGAGAUGGCUAGCAUCCCAGUUGCCAGAUGAAGUACGAGACAGGGAUGAGUAAUGGGUGACUCGCAAGAAGGAUCGAUAUAUCUGAUUGGACUGUGUUUAUCACUAUGUAGUCAUUUAUUUGAUUUAGAGAUAUCAUAUUGAAGUUCACCAAGGUGAGCUAUUCACAUCAGGAAAACCCUCCUGUGAAUAAGUACAUGCCUUUUAUACAUUUAUUGAAUCUUAGCGCACAAUUAUUGUCAUC